CUAGCCCUAGCCGCUGGUAGCCCUUAUUCACUGUUUAGAGUUUAGAGCAUGGUUUAGAGGCAAUUUUUCUGUGUGCUUGUAGAGUCGAUUUUGUGUGUGCUUACCCCCUGUUCGACUGCAUUUUCAUAGCCUUCGCGAACAGCGCUGCGAGAGGAGAAUGGACAGACGGAAACGUUUUUCGUUUGCGGUGUAGACCGGUAUCGUUUUGCUGCCAAUGCCUGUUGUCACGCUGCCGUGCUUUUGAAUUUGAGACUUCCACAAGCCUUCAGUAUGGAAAACAAAAGUGAUGUUCGGGGAGCUCUGGAUUGUCAUUCCGAAAAGAACAUCCCGGAAGAUGCAGAAAACUUCCGCAGCGACACGAAGCCAGACUCUCCAGAUAGUGAAAUCAACCUUAAGAUGCUGGACGAACCCGCUGUUGCGACCUCCGAAGCGUAUUCAUCUUCACUCAACAACGAAGUUGCGGCGGGCUCCGACAGUCAGCCAGUGCAGAACAAAACACGGGAGCAGAUAGAUGAAGAAGAAAGGGAAAAGAUGCAAGUUCUGGUGUCAAGCUUUUCGGAGGAACAACUGAAUCGGUACGAGAUGUAUCGCAGGGCGGCAUUCCCGAAAGCAGCCAUCAAGCGACUGGUGCAGUCCAUAACGGGGUGCUCCGUAUCGCAGAAUGUGGUGAUCGCUUUGUCAGGCAUCGCAAAGGUAUUUGUGGGUGAAGUGGUCGAGGAAGCCCUAGACGUUCUGGAACUGCAAGGUGAGACGGGACCCCUUCAGCCCAAGCAUCUUCGGGAGGCUGUGCGCCGCCUUCGUACUCGUGGAUUCAUCCCAAAUGGAAAGAAACGGCCGAUAUAUUACCGAUGAGGUAACCAAGCAACCUUGUGUGAUGGCACGUGCCACAAAAAGCUUGUCACCGUGUGUAGCGAGAGGUGAGCAAACUGAGCACCAGUAACCAGAUUGAGGGAACACGCGUGAAACACCUAAUCUAGAAAAAUACAGGACAUUGCAAUGCUAGAAGUCGGUCACGUGAAGCACCUAAGAGCUGUAGUUCUGAUUGAAAAUGCUGAAAGAAAACAAAAAGAAGGAAGGAAAAUAAAGAGAAAAAUUAAAAACACAAAACUAAAGCUGCAGAAUCACACACUCUGGCUUGAUCCCAUGAUGUAUGCAGAACCGGUAUAGAAAUAAGAGGAAGGAAGAACAGAAAAAAAGAAGAAGAAACAGAGAGGAUAAAAUUGCAUCUCCUACGUACAAUUGCUCCGUAAGGUCAGCAGCCAUGCCCUCGAAGAUUUUACUUGUCAAGAUGGGCAUCUUAUUUUCUUUGUCACCUUUGAUACUGAUUCCCAGCCCGUUGUUAUCCUGUUUUACAACAUGUUGUGCGACCGCACCACCAGGGUUGAUAAAAGGGUUAGGUUGAGGGUUGAGGGUUAAUAAAAGAGAAGAUACUUCUACAAAGUUGAGCACUGCACCGUCCUCCACUACGGCUACGUACAACCAACCAACGAGGUUACGAAAAACGCUGUUAAAAAAGAAAAGAAAAUAAAUGGUCAAAUGCCGGGAACAGUCA